AUGCAAGGUAUGUUUGGAGUGGAUGCGAAUGGAAGGAAUGGUGAUCUAGGGAUGUUAUGGAAGGAAGAAGUGAGAUUAGACUUGCUGAGUUUCUCAAGGUAUAAUAUUGACAUGAGAAUGACAUAUCAAGAAGGGAAGAUGUGGAGGUUAAUCGAGUUUUAUAGAGAACCGGAUGCGAGAGAAAGACACCAAGCAUGGAGUAUGUUAUGGAGACUAGCAUCAAACAACUCUCUGCCAUGGAUUUGUCUUAGGGGCUUCAAUGAAAUCCUGUGGGUUAAUGAAAAAGAAGGAGGGAAUGCAAGACUGGAGGGGCAAAUGAGGGCUUUUAGAAACACAUUAAUAGAGUUAGGUUUUUAUGAUUUGGGAUAUACAGUUCCAAAAUUUACAUUGAAGUGUGGGCAAAAUGCGGAGAAUGCUAUCGGGGAAAGACUUGACUGGGCCGUGGCAUGCAGCGAUUGGGGGAAGAUGCUUCCCAACUAUUUAGUGCGGCACCUUGCAAGCCUAGUGUCAGACUACUGUCCCAGAAUGGUAGAUACAAUGGGGAAGCUGGAAGAAAUAAACCACUUAGACAACAGCCAAGACGAGUUGGAAAAGGAAUUGGAUAUCAAACGCAUGCUGAACAAGCUUCUUGAGCAUGAAGAGGUGACUUGGAUGCAGCGUUCGAGGGAGAAUUGGCUUAGAAGUGGGGACAAGAACACCAAAUUUUUUCAUGCACAGGCAACCCAGAGAAGUAGAGCUAAUAGAAUUAACGGCUUGAAGGAUGAAGCACGAGGGAGAGAAGAAAGUGGCAGUUCAAGCUGUAAAAUAUUUCACUGA